AUGGAAAGACAGCCAAAAAUGCGCGGGGAUAUCAUCCUUGUGCCGCAACCAAGCGAUGAUAGUGCAGAUCCUCUAAACUGGAGUCAGCGCAAAAAGUAUAUGACGCUAGGUAUUGUCAGUCUGGCAGCCUUUACUUCACAUUGCGCUGCUCUUGCCAAUCAGCAGGGUAUCAGUCCACAAGCCAAACUCUAUCAUAAAAGCUUGAAUGAUAUGGCGGAUACGGUCGCCACGGCUAUAGCCGGCAUGGUUGCUGGACCCCUUGUGCUCGUGCCGUUGACUCAUAUCUUCGGUUGCUGCUCCAUAUUGUUAUGGAGUAUGGUUGCUUCUACCUGCGGCAGUAUAUGGUCUGCUCUUAUGACCAAACCAAACCAAUAUGUCGCAUUCACAAUAUCCCGCUUAUCUGUCGGAUUAUUCAGUGCAACCCCAACUGUUUUGGGUCCGCAAAUGCUGGUUGACAUUUUCUUUCUUCAUGAGAGAGGGACUGUCUUCAACACCUUCAUGGUGUGGUCGACUUUUGGUGUGAUCAUUGGACCAACAUUGGGAGGGUUCAUCGUCGCACAUGCCCCUUGGCCAUGGGAGUUUUGGUGGACAGUGGUGCUGCAGGGUGCAGUUGUCCUUCUGGCAUUUGUUUUUCUGGAAGAGACGGGGUUCACCAGAGAGAAUGGAAAAGUAUACCCUCGUCGUCCCUCUGCGUUCAUACACAAUCGAGUGGCCACGUAUUUCCCGGGCACACAAGUAGCACAUGUUGGAGGUUUGCAAGAAGCACUCCACUCGGCAUGGGCACAGGUCCUAAUUGGCAUCACUCCAGUAACGAUCUUAGUUGGAAUCUUUCUCUUUGGGCUAUCCGGGUGGUUUGUGAGCUUCAACACUCUCUUGAGUGUGUUCCUGCAAAACCCUGUUGCAGCUGGAGGUUAUGGGUUCUCGACUCAACAAAAUGCAGCAUUCACCUUUACAAUGUGGAUCGGUGCCGCUGUAGCACAAUUCUGGGGGGAUUUCUUCAACGACCGCAUCCCAUUGUACUUUGUGGCCAGGAAUUCCGGAACUUGGAAGCCUGAAUACCGUCUCCAUUCCCUCUGGAUUCCCUCGUUUCUGGUCACGCCGAUUGCGUUGGGCAUUGUCGGUACCACAUUGAAAUAUCACCUGCAUUACAUUGUUCUCGCUGGCGGCGCAUUUCUCAUCACGUUCGCAUCUGUCUGCACCAAUCCAGUUGCAAUUAACUAUCUGGUCGAAUGCUUCAUGAACUAUCCAACCGAGGUGAAUUGUAUUCUGGCAGUGUAUCGUCUAAGUUUAGGGCUUGGAAUCCCAUUCUUCGUUAGGGUCUGGGUCGCGAAUGUCGGCGUCGGAUGGGUGUUUGGUACGAUGGCGAUCUUGGCCUUGAUACUGUUCAUCCCAAUCAUCAUUCUUAUGCUGUAUGGUCCUACUCUCCGACAGAUGGGUUUUGCUAAAUUGCGUGGUGACGAGGAGGGAGCUCAAGUUAUGAGAAAGGACGAAACUGCAUAAUCAUUACUUGAGUAAAUUAAUUGAUUGGAAUUCGCGCAGACAUGUCUCAUCGGGAAAAGUAACAAGCAUGAAAUAAAAUGAAGUC